CUAUGGUAAUUAUAGCAAAAUAAUGUGAUACUGGAGAUGCAUGUUCCCUGACUCAAAAUUGGUUUGGUCCUACCAACGUUUAACCCUCAGUGCACUAAUGAACGUAAGGAAUACAUGCACAGAUAAGGCUUUAGCAGGUGGAGACGUUUUUAAAGCAUUUUUUCAGCACAGAAGUACAUCACUGCAUUGGAAAGGGUUUAUCUUUUGAGUGGCUGUGUAUGAAAGAUUUCAGAAGUAUUGCAGAAAACCUACAGAUCAUUAUUCUGAAGAGGCUUAUCAGAUGUUUACACACAUAGACUCAGCAUGAAAAUGGUGUGACAAGGAAAUAUGAAUAAACCGGGAAGUUGAUGUCUACUGUAACGUUUCAGUCUGACUGAAAGUUGGGGCUGUGCCAUCUAUACUAUCUUUGUGCACAAUGCCUUCUUCUCCUAAUGAUGGAGAUCUUAAAGAAACACCUAGUCUGGUGCUGAAUUCAGACCUGCCUUUUCAAGGUAUCAGCAAAAGAAAAACCAGGAGGAAAAAGAAUAAGAAGGGAGUAAUUACAGCAAAUGUUGCAGGCACAAAAUAUGAAAUAGUUCGUUUAGCUAUAGAAGAGAUGGGAUUUAUCAAAACUAGAGAUGAAGAUGAUACUGCUAACCUUAUCUGGAAUGAUUCUGCUGUGCAACAUGAGAAAAUUGCAGAGCUUAGAAAUUAUCAGCGAAUCAAUCACUUCCCAGGAAUGGGAGAGAUCUGCCGUAAAGACUGCCUUGCAAGAAAUAUGUCCAAAAUGAUCAAGAUACAGCCACAAGAAUACUGCUUUAUUCCUAGAACAUGGAUCUUUCCAGCAGAGUACACCCAGUUUCAGAAUGUUAUGAAAGAAUUAAAAAAGAAACGUAAACAGAAGACUUUUAUUGUCAAGCCUGCUAAUGGUGCUAUGGGACAUGGAAUAUCACUAAUAAGGAAUGGUGAAAAACUACAAGCCCAGGAGCACUUAAUUGUGCAGGAAUAUCUUGAUAAGCCAUUUCUAAUAGAAGAGUACAAGUUUGAUUUGCGUGUUUAUAUUCUCAUUACCUCCUGUGAUCCACUACGUGUGUUUUUGUACAAUGAUGGACUUGUAAGAAUGGGCACAGAAAAGUACCAUCCUCCAAAUGAUUCAAAUAUGAACCAGCUGUAUAUGCAUUUGACUAACUAUUCAGUGAACAAACACAAUGAAAACUUUGAACGAGAUGACAAUGCUGACAAAGGUAGCAAACGCUCCAUCAAAUGGUUUACAGAAUUUCUAAGGAACGGUGACUUUGACGUGGUAAAAUUCUGGAAUGAUAUUUCAGAGUUAGUGGUGAAAACACUUAUUGUGGCCGAACCUCAUAUCCUUCAUGCAUAUCGAAUGUGUAGACCAGGCCAGCAUCCUGGGAGUGACAGUGUUUGCUUUGAAGUUCUUGGAUUUGACAUUAUUUUGGACAGAAAACUUAAACCAUGGCUACUUGAGAUUAAUCGUGCCCCAAGCUUUGGAAUUGACCAAAAAAUAGACUAUGAUGUGAAAAAAGGAGUUCUGGUAAAUGCACUAAAGCUUCUUAAUAUCAGAGCAAGUGACAAAAAAAGAAAUCUAGCACAACAAAAAGCUGAAGCACAAAGAAGGCUUUACGGACAGGGCUCUAUGAAGAGGCUAUCCUCAGCAUCAUCUGACUGGGACAAGCAACGCCAUACACUGGAAAGGAGAAAAGAAGAAUUGAUGGAAAGACUUGCUCAAGUGCGCAAGCAGAUUUCAAAAGAAGAAUAUGAAAACAGACACAUAGGAAACUACAGACGUAUAUAUCCACCUGAUGACAAGAUGUUACAAGAAAAGUAUGAACAUUUGUUAGCUGUUGCUUUCCAAACAUUCCUUGCAGGGAGGGCUGCUUCACUUCAACGAGAGUUGAACAACCCCUUUAAACAAAUGAAGGAAGAAGACAUUUUAGAUCUUCUCGAGCAGUGUGAAAUGGAUGAUGAAAAAUUAAUGGGAAAAUCUACUACACAGCGAGGGCCAAAGUCACUGUCCUCUAUGCCAGAAAGCAUGCAGACACCAAAGAAACAAAAGAAUUAUAACAACACUAGUAGCUGUGACAGCAGCAACAGCAACACUACUUCAGAGUCUGAGGAAGAAGAUGAAAAGGUGGACCACAGUGAGAAGAAGGAAAAGAGAGUUUCAUAUAAUCUUGAAGAGAACAAGUACAGAUCACUGGAUCGUUCCAGCAGAACAAACCGGAAACCUCCACAGAAGGCAACAAAAAUACCAUCUUGUGCUUCCUCUAUAUCAUCUAGCACAGCACCUAUUAGACGUUCUGUGUCCUGUCCUCGUUCAAUUUCUAAUAUUUAUGCACAAUCACCAACAUCAGAACAACGCCCUUUCUCAGCCAAAUGUCCUUCUCCUUCAUUACAGCUUUCUUCUGGAUCUAGAUCACAUUCGUUAAAUCGCAAUGCAUCCUCAGCUCGAGUACCUCAUAGUACUAGCCUUGGUGGUAUAAGUUCACCACUGAGUGAAUCGUUACUGAAUCUGAGAACAAAGGAACAAGAAGAAGAACUGACAAAACAGACUUUGUCUUCACUUCUUGACAUGAGAAUAAAGUUCCCAGGCAAAAAUGACGAUGAGACAGAACUUGUUUUAGAUGCUAUUAUGGACAACUGGAAGCAUCAUAAGUCAAAAGUAGCCUCUUACUGGCUGGUAAAACUGGACUGUGGAAAACAGCGGAAGGUUUUGGAUAUAGUCAGGACAAAUGUGUGUUACAUUUUACAACGUAUCUGGAAAGUACCUGAAGUUGAAUAUUUACGUUUGUAUCGUAUUUUCAACCGUGUUUUUAAUCGCCUUCUCUGGAGCCAUGGCCAAGGACUGUGGAACUGUUUCUCUAAUUCAGGGACAUCAUGGGAAAGCUUAUUCAAUAAAAGUGCAGAUGUGAUUACUCCUCAGGAACUUCAGUGCUGCCAGCGACUGGUACAACUUUGUAAAGACUGUCUAUUAGUGGUUUAUAAAUUUGCAGCAGACUCUAGAGGCUCUCUUACCGGUGUAAGCCCCGAAUGGGAUGAUACAAGGUUUUUGCUGCCUUCAACCUCUCAGUUCAUAAUGAAGAUGCCUACAACAAAUUUGAGUCGCAGCUGUUCAGGCACCCCCCGCACUCGUACCUUGUUCACAUCUAGAUUUGGCCAGUCAUAAAAGAAUGUCUCCAUGAAUUUUGUAAAUUCAAGCAAUCACCUUCUUGUAUGCAGAGCGGUGGCUCACAACUGAAACAGGAGAUUGUUAAUCUGAGCUCUAGAAUAUGUAUAAUAUCUUAGCAGAAUGAAAAAAAUUAUAAAGAUAAAUUAUUUAUUUUAGAAUGUAAUUUAUUUUUUUGCAGUUUACAAGAAUAUGAGGACAUUGAGACCUAAGAAGGUUUAUAUGCAUCCUAUAAUUCUAGAAUUUAUUUUAUGGCUGCUAAUUACAUUAAAUGUAGAGAAUGUUGUUACCAGUGUUAAAUUAUUUUGCCAUAACAUGCAGCUGAAUAAUUAUUUAUUAUGUAGCAUUUUGUUAAUGUUGUCAUGAAUGUGCUUUUCAUUUUUGUCAUCAUGAUAAUCAACAGGUUAUAUUAGCCUUAAACUGUCUUAACGCAAACUAAAGUAAGCAUGUGAAGAAAACUAAAGUACUUUUUACCAAAGACUGCAAGUACAUUGUUUUCUCUGGCAAGCAAUUAAAAAAUAUUAUUUAUAUGUUUUAAAUAUGUAAAA